CAGCUCCCCUGCCAUUUCUCUUGUCCCUGCAGGCUCCAGUUCAACUCCACCUUCCAGCCGUGAUCAUCUCAGCUGCAGGAGAGCAGCAGAUGGCCAUAGCACAUCCAUCUCAGGAGCCCGUGAGCUUUGCGGAGGUGGCCGUGUAUUUCAGCAGGGAGGAGUGGGCGCUGCUUGGACCCUGCGCAGCGAGCGCUGUACCGGGACGUGAUGCUGGAGACGUACCAGUGCGUGGCCUCGCUGGCUCCACCUCGAGGCCCCAAACCCAUGGUGAUCUCCCUGCUUGAAAGAGGGGAAGACCCCUGGAUCCCAGAUGUGUGUAGCCCUCAGGUUGUGCCUGGAGACCCCAGCCCAGGAGGAACUGGGAUUGCAGGUAUACUGGAGGACCUGCAGGAAAGUGGUGUGGCCGAAAGGCAGUGGGGUGGAGUCUGUGUGGAAGAAAUCAGAAGGGAUGUCCAAGGAGGCCUGGAGCAAGAUCAGGGUGAGCACAUCAUGGAGCCACUGGGAAAGUGUCUGGGUAAGUCAGGAUGCAGCCCAUUGGACUUCAACGUAGGUCAAAAGGAGCCUGAAGAAUCCAGGAGCAAGUAUGUGUGCCAGAAAGAAAUACAUAAUCCAUGUACUGAGUGUGGAAAUAGCUUUGAAAAAGAUUCCAGCAUUGUUUAUCACCAGUGCAUUCACUCAACAGAGAGCCUAUGCAAGUGUUCUUAUUGUGGGAAGAGCUUCAAGAAGAAAUCCCAACUCACAUACCACCAACGCAUCCACACAGGAGAGAGACCCUACAGGUGCUCUGUGUGUGGGAAGAGCUUUACAAGGAUUUUUCAAGUGAAGCAACACGAGCGCUUGCACACAGGGGAGAGGCCCUACAAGUGCUCUGAGUGUGGGAAGACCGUAAAAACCCAUUCCCACCUCACAUACCACCACUGCUUACACAUGGGAGAAAGACCCUACAAGUGCUCUGAAUGUGGGAAGACCGUAAAAACCCGUUCCCACCUCACGUACCACCACCGCUUACACACGGAAGAGAGACCCUACAAGUGCUCUGAAUGUGAGAAAAGCUUCAAAAGCAGUUCUGAAUUGAAGCUGCACCAGCGCUUCCACACAGGGGAGAGACCCUACAAGUGCUCUGUGUGUGCGAAGAGCUUCAAAAGUUGUUCAGAUUUAAAGCGCCACCAGCGCAUCCACACAGGAGAAAGACCCUAUAAGUGUCCCGAGUGUGGGAAGAGCUUCAGAAGGAAUUCUGAAUUGAAGAGCCAUCAGCACACCGGGGAGAGACCCUUCGAGUGUCCUGAGUGUGAGAAAAGCUUCAAACACAGGUCUAAUCUCAACACCCACAAGCACAUCCACAGCGCACACAGGCUGUAGAAGCAUCCCCAGGAUAUGGGGAACCUUCAGAAACAGUUCCAGCCUCAAUAUCUACCAGCACAGCCACACAAGAUACAGAGCCUGCAGAGCUCCUGUCAACGGUUUACGGGCUGGUUUGACCCAGUUCCGUGACCAGCGCGUGGAGGGAUUUCGCAAAAUCCCUGGAAAAAAGGGAAACAGGGGACCCUAAAAAAAAUUAAAAACAGAGGCAACGACCUGAGGAGAAACAAACUGAUAUACUAAAUAUAGUAUUGGAAUGCCAGAUAACACUCCAUAGUACAAUAUAAUUAGAAUUGAAGCUAAUAAAUAAAAUACAGUGAGAGAGAGAAUAUCCGAAAGGUGGGUAGGCCUCACCACAAUGCUGAGGUGAGAUGCGCAGUCCAGUUGAGCAGCAGAGAGACAGGAGGAGAACCGACAAAGAACGGAGGAGAAAGAGCCCAUCAGGUGACCUUGCCAGGAGCUCUAUCUCCUCUCUGUGACCGCAAAGUCCCCUGGGGAAUGUAGUUCUUCUUCUCUUCUGGGCAGGUACCCAGAACUUGAGCAUUAGCAGUUAAAUUCCCAGUGCCCAACGUGAUGUUAUGAUGUGGAAUACAAAAAAAAAAAAAUCACAAAACCAUGAUAGCUCCAAACAUGGGAAGAGCUUCAGCCAGAGCCCCAGCCUGGUGACCAACCGUGGCUUUGUGUGGUGAUGAACCUUACAGAUCUCUUGAGUAGAGGAAGAGCUCUGCUGCCAAACUAAAUCAUCUUUCUAUUUCUUUGCAUGAGAAUUAUGUUGUCCUUCAGCUGGAAUUUCUGUGUUGAGUGGCCAUGCAAAGGAGAGAAUCCAGAGUGGGAUGUGUCACAGCCACUGGAAACCCUCUGCCAGGUGGCAUGUUUUUGCUGUGCCUGUGUGCAAGGAGAGUCACCUCUUAUCUCCCCUGCAGAAACUCCUGUGCUGCGGGGCAGUAGGUGAGGACACAAAGGAAACCUCAGCUGGGCUGAUAUGUCACCAGGACGGAAGAAAUUCUGUCUACAGGCAGUGUGGGAAGAGCUUCAUCUGGAGCUCAACCCUCAGUAGACGCCAGAGAACCAACCCAAGAGGAGAGUCCCAGUGAGUGCCGUGACUGCAGGAAGAGAUCUGUCCACAGCUGGCAGUUCAUCACACACUGGUGGAUCCAUGUGAGGAACCCUACAGAUGUGCACCCCGCAAGAAAAGCUUUGGCCACAACUCAAACCUGCUGAGGUACCAGAGUGUCUGCACUUGGGUGGAGUCCAAUCCGUGCCUGCACCAGUGAGUUCACGUGGCAGGAAGCCUUAGAAAUGCCUCAAGUGUGAGAAGGGCUUUGUGCAGAGUGCAGAGCUCCUCAGUCACAGGAGAUGGCACUCGUGGAAGAAGUGCUACAAAUGUCCCAUGUGUGGGAAGAGCUUUUGCCAGGGGAUCCACUCAGUGCAGAGACCCUAGAAAUGCCUGCACUGCAGGAAGAGCUUCAUCCAGAGCACAAUCGUAGAAUCAUAGAAUCAUAGAAUCACCAAGGUUGGAAAAGAUCAUCCAGUCCAACCUUUCACCUAUUCCCAAUAGCUCCCACUAAACCAUGUCCCUCAACACAACAUCCAGCCUUUCCUUGAACACCCCCAGGCUUGGUGACUCCACCACCUCCCUGGGCAGUCCAUUCCAGUGCCUGACCACCCUUUCUGAAAAGUAGUACUUCCUAAUGUCCAGAUCCUUUUAAACAAUGUCCAGUCCAUGUGAUAAAGUGGCCCUGCAAGCGUCUCUGGUGCAGGAAGUUUCUCUCUGUGCUGACACCUGCUUUCACAUAGGAAAACCCGCAGCAAAGAGACCUUGUGAAUGCUGGCGAGCCCAAGGAUGAGGGAGGCCCAUAUGCUUCUCCCCACACAGGAGGAGCUUGGAAAGGAGAUGGCACCACUGGCACCCUCUGCAGAAGGGACUUAACCCAGUGUCAUGGUUCUAUGUUUUUUGUUUGUUUGUUUGUUUGUUUUUAUUUUGGGUUUCAGUAUUCCACAUCAAAACAUCAUGUAGUGUAUGGGGUAUUAAAGUGUUAAUGCCCAAUCCCAGGUACCUAUCCCUGUACAUUACAGAAGUCACGGGAUCUGGCCCUUCUGGGUGGGGGGGGCGCUCUCUUGCUGCCUGGUAGUGGGUGCUGGAGGUGCUUUCCUAGCCGUUCCAAGCUUCUCCUUGCUACCCAAAGCAGUUCUCUCAUCAUGCCCGCUUUCCUCUUCUGCUCUUCCUGCCAGCAGCUUUUGGAUGCCGUUUCCUAAGGAGAAGCGGCGGUGCAGGGAUGUUCUGUGUGUCUGUGUGCAUGUAUUGCUCUCAGUAAUUUGUGAGUGCACUGAUUAACCUGAGGGAAGGGUCAGGAGAGCAGUAACGUGGCUCUUGGAGGUUUUCUGAGAAUCAUCUCUAGUGGAAAGGGGUGGGGGAGAAUAAAGCAGCUGAGUUUUACUGAAGCUUUCUACAUUGUAGUCUUGAAUUUUGUUCCUAAAAUAAAUGUCAGCACGUGGAAUGAGGAUAGGGAAAGGUGCAAUCAGGAUUUGGUUUUGGUGCCUCCUCCAGCCCAGUGAUUGCUUCUGGAGAAGACAUUUCUUUCACACAACCCUAUCAUCCUUUCUAACCGUGUUGCACAUUGGUUCUACUGCUGUUCUUGAAUGCUUUGAUCAGCUGGUCAGAGCACCUGUGUGACGCCAAGCCUUGUUUGCCUCCAAUAAAGCUACAAAAAGCUGAGCUUGUUCUUCCUAAAUGCACCAUCCCAUGUUUCAGGAGGUGGAGAGAACAGAAGGCAGUGCAAACCCUCAGGGUGUACAAGCAGCUCAUCCCCACAGCACAGAGAUAUCAGAGUGCUCUCCUGUGCAUGCUUGCCUUGCAAGUGAUCCCUUUAGAGCUUGAAGGUUUUUGGUUGACCUUGGGAAGGUGUAUCCACAAUCUCCUGCAGCAGAUCCUGCACGUUUGCUGUGCUCUGGUAAUGCUGCUGUGCUUGGAAUGCAGUUGGCAGAAAGUGGAGUUGAUUUUGGUGAGCUAGUGAAGCCAGCAGGAGCUUGCCCAUGUCUUCAGGUGAGGUUCUCUGAAUGCUUCCUGACCCCCCAGCAAGCUGCAAGGAGAUGAUGAUUGCUGCACCGAGGUGUGCUGCUUCCUCCAUCCCAGGAAGCAGGGCCUGGUCUGGUGCAAGAGAGGUACAGCAGGGCCACGGAAGACGGGCCAACGCACAGCUCCAAGGGAAAAUGCGUGCGGAGGGAGCAGGCAGCUUCAAGGCAUUGGGAUACCCAGGAACAGGAGACAACGGCUCAGCCAAGAGUUAGGGUGAUUUACUUUUCAACUGCAUCCAAUAAUUGCUGUCGUAUGGUAUCAGGCAUGUGUCUCCCCUUCCCUUUUACGUUUCCCCAAACAGCAUUUUCACUUUUUUUGUUUUCAUCUUACAUUUCUAUUCUGAGAAAUAUUGUGCAGGUCUUCCCUGAAAUGAAAAUAAAAAUGGUUUUCCACUUUCA